CCUGACUCUGAAAAUAAUCCUAAAUUUUAUCCAAAGAAACCCUAAUCCCAAUUCUCGCAAUACUCCCAAAUAUGCAGCAGAAGCACCGUAUACUCCCAAGGAAAAUACGCAGCACGAGCACCGAAAUCUACAGUUCCGUUUGAGGUGCCCAGUAGCCACAGUUCCCUCGCAUUCAACCCUCCAUCGCAACAGGAAAACAGAUCCCAUCCCCUUCAACGUGAGCGAACUGCGAGCAGAACCUCCUGCAGCAGCAAAUUUUGCAAACGAAGCAAACUGCUAGCAACCAGCGGCACCGGUGACGUUCUGCGAACUGCGAUCAGAACCUCCAAGCUUCAACUGGUUUGUGUGAAAACAGCUUCCUGCAGCAGCAAAUUUCUGCGAACAAAAACAAACAGAACAUACAAAAGAGAAUGGCAUUACCGAAUGCUUCGAAAGACUUAUCGUUGGAAAUGGAGGUUGAUGCAUUUCGACGCCUCUUUCCACUUCGAUUUUUUGAGCGUCAUUUUGCUGAAUCUAUACGCGCGGAUGGUAGACCAUUUGCAAAAGCCAGAGAAACAAGUAUUUUGCUCGGUGCUGUUGCAUUGGCUAAUGGGUCGGCUCUUGUGAAGAUUGGAUCCACGACUAUGUUGACUGCUAUUAAAAUGGAAGUCAUGACUCCUUCCUUGGAGUCACCGGAUGAGGGCUGUUUAGCUAUUGAUUUCCACAUGCCUCCAAUUUGUUCUCCAAUUGUUAGGCCUGGCAGGCCUGCUGAAGCAUCACCAGUUGUGUCAAAGCAGUUGUCUGACACCAUCUCAAGCUCUGGAAUAGUUGAUUUGAAAGAACUGUCCUUGGUCAGUGGAAAAGCUGCAUGGAUGGCUUACUUGGAUGUCUAUUGUUUGGAUGCUGAUGGUGCUCUUUUUGAUGCUGCUUUACUUUCUGCUGUUGCUGCAUUAUCUCAUUUGCAAAUUCCUGCUGUUGCCAUGAAUGAUGAUGGCAAAAUAGUACUCAUGUCUGAUGAAGAUGGAGAAAAGCAGGCACAGGAGCCAGUUAACAAGGAGAGGAGGAAGCUUACCUUAAGAAGCAUUCCAUUCUCAUUAACGUGCAUACUUCACAAGAAUUACAUCAUGGCAGAUCCUACUGCUGAAGAAGAAUCCAUUAUGGAAACUCGUGUGACUAUAGUUUUGGAUACAUCUGGUCAGCUGAUAUCCCUUUACAAGCCUGGUGGGCCAGUUCUUGCCUACACUUCUGCUAUCCAGGAUUGUGUCGCUUUAACCAGGCAGAGAGUAAAGGAACUAAAGAGUUUCUUAGACAAAGAAAAUUCUACUAUGGAGAUUGAGGAGAAUUAGAAAUUCUUCAUUUCUAGUCUUGAGUGGUUUAUACAAUUUAUAUUUGUACAUUCUGGAUUUCAGGUACUGCAGCAUUCACCGUUAUAAAAGAUUCUUUCAUGAAUUUUAUACAAUCUAUUGGAUAUUUUUGGGUUGAUUUCAUUUAUUUGGUUAGUAGUUUUCGAGUUGCAGUAUUCUUUAAGCUAUAAAGAAGCUUAUUUUUAUUUGUUACUUCAUCUAUUUUGGUAUAGAGCUUGUUUUUAUAGUUAUGG